AGUAUUUGGAGUUCUUACAUGAUGGCAGACAUUGACAACAAAGAACAGUCUGAACUUGAUCAAGAUUUGGAAGAUGUUGAAAAAGUAGAAGAAGAAGAAACGGGUGAAGAAACAAAAAUGAAAGCACGUCAGCUAACUGUUCAGAUGAUGCAAAAUCCUCAGAUUCUUGCAGCUCUUCAGGCAAGACUUGAUAGUCAGGUAGACACACCAACAGGAUACACUGAAAGCUUGCCUAAGGUAGUCAAAAGACGAGUGAAUGCUCUCAAGAAUCUUCAAGUUAAAUGUGCACAGAUAGAAGCCAAAUUCGAUGAGGAAGUUCAUGAUCGAAAAUAUGCUGUUCUCUGUCAGCCUCUAUUUGAUAAGCGAUUUGAGAUCAUUAAUGCAAUUUACGAACCUACAGAAGAAGAACGUGAAUGGAAACCAGAUGAGGAAGAUGAAGUUUCGGAGGAGCUGAAAGAAAAGGCCAAGAUUGAAGAAGAGAAAAAGGAUGAAGAAAAAGAAGACCCUAAAGGAAUUCCUGAGUUUUGGUUGACAGAUUUUAAGAAUGUUGAUUUGCUCAGUGAUAUGGUUCAGGAACAUGAUGAACCUAUUCUGAAGCCCUUGAAAGAUAUUAAAGUGAAGUUUUCGGACGCUGGCCAGCCUAUGAGUUUUAUCUUAGAAUUUCACUUUGAACCCAAUGAAUAUUUCACAAAUGAAAUGUUAACAAAGACUUACAGGAUGAGGUCAGAACCAGAUGAUUCUGAUCCCUUUUCUUUUGAUGGACCAGAAAUUAUGGGUCGUACAGGGUGCCAGAUAGAUUGGAAAAAAGGAGAGAAUGUUACUUUGAAAACCAUUAAGAAGAAGCAGAAACACAAGGGACAUGGUGGGACAGUUCGUACUGUGACUAAAACAGUUUCCAAUGAUUCUUUCUAAUUUUUUGCUCCUCCUGAAGUUCCUGAGAAUGGAGAUCUGGAUGACGCUGCUGAGGCAAUACUGGCUGCAGACUUUGAAAUUGGUCACUUUUUACGUGAGCGUAUAAUCCCAAGAUCAGUGUUAUACUUCACCAGAGAAGAUAUUGAGGACGAUGGCGAUGACUAUGAUGAAGAAGGUGAAGAAGCUGAUGAGGGUUAUCAGCUCUUCGAAGGAGUCAAAAGCUGCAGUAAACUUUUUCAACAUUGGCUGCAGUAAAUCUAUUCAAUAAAAGGU